CUUUCUCACAGCAACAGACGACAGCUACAAGUGAUCAGAGGAGCCUGACAAGUGCGAGGUCUGAGUGACCACACUAUUGCCUCUGGAGGAUUCGAUUUCUUCAGCUCGGUGCUCAUUUCAGUACAUUCCUGCAAAAGGUGGUGGAGAAGCUGCUGGGGGCCAAACUGCGCUUCAUUUCUGCUGCAAGCUUUAUCCUUCCGUGGGAGAGAGAAAGUAACAGACGCAACAGCCUUGCUGCAUUCUUUGCCCGGUUCCUCCUGGAUUUGACUUUGUGUUGUUCUUUUUGUGGCCACUUUCCCUCCCGCCCACCCCUGCCGACCGUGGAUCAUGCUGGGCACCGUGCUGCUGCUGAUCAGCUUCUGCCUGACGGCGGUGAACGGCAGAGUGAUGAGACACGCCUGCCCCCAGGUCUGUGACCGGUCCCGGUGCGCCCCAGCGCCGGUGAACUGCUCCGAGGGCCAGGUGAAGGACUCGUGCGACUGCUGCACCGUCUGCGCCGCGGCCGAGGGCGAAAGCUGCGGGGGGCGGGAGGACGUGCACGGUGUCUGUGCGGAAGGCUUCCAGUGCAUCUACUCGGCUGGCAAGCGCAAGAAAGGCACCUGCGGCUGCCCGCACAACGAUGAGGUGUGCGGCAGUGACGGCCAGACUUACAGCAACAUCUGCCGCCUGAAGGCUCUGAGCCGCCGCCACCAGUCCUCCAACGCGCUUCCUGUCAUUCUGAUCCAGAAGGGAGCCUGCGAUGCAGGUCACCAGCACCCAGACAGCAUGCGGUUCAAGUUUAACUUCAUCGCAGACGUGGUGGAAAAAAUUGCUCCAGCUGUGGUUCAUCUUGAACUUUUUCGAAGGAUGCCCUUCAGUAGCCGUGAAGUCUCUGUGGCAAGUGGCUCAGGGUUUAUCGUUUCAGAAGAUGGUCUAAUUGUUACCAAUGCACAUGUACUCAGCAAUAAACAGAAAAUAAAGGUGGAAUUGAAGAACGGAGAAGCUUAUGAAGCAAAGGUCAAAGAUAUUGAUCAAAAGUCAGAUAUAGCAUUAAUUAAAAUACAUCCAAAAAACCCUCUGCCUGUGCUUUUGCUAGCACGUUCUUCAGAUCUCAGACCAGGAGAGUUCGUGGUGGCAAUUGGCAGUCCAUUUUCAUUGCAGAAUACAGUAACAACAGGGAUUGUCAGCACCACUGAGAGAGGAGGCAAAGAGCUUGGCCUCAAAGAUUCUGAUAUGGACUACAUCCAGACAGAUGCCAUAAUCAAUUACGGAAACUCCGGAGGACCACUUGUCAAUCUGGACGGUGAAGUCAUUGGCAUUAACACACUUAAGGUGACAGCUGGGAUAUCUUUUGCCAUCCCUGCGAAAAGAAUUCAGCAGUUCCUUGCUGAAUCUCAUGAUCGCCAGCUGAAAGAAAACUCCUCACCUAAGAAGAAGUAUAUGGGAAUAAGAAUGGUAGCACUUACACCAAGUCUCUUGCGUGACCUGAAAAUGCGUGACAAAGAUUUUCCUGAUGUUUCUGCUGGGGUUUACAUAUUUGAAGUCAUUCCUGCAACACCUGCUGCAAGUGCUGGUUUAAGAGACCGUGACAUCAUUAUCAGUAUUAAUGGUCAAACAAUCACAUCUUCAGAACAAGUGAGUGAAGCGAUUAAAAACAGUGACACCCUGGGGCUUGUUGUGCGUCGUGGAAAUGAAGACUUGAUGAUCACUGUAGUACCUGACAUAAUUAAUUAGAAAAAAAUUUUUUUUAAAGAAAAAUUUAUACAGAUCAUUGUAAUCAGAUUUAAAUGUGGUUACUUGAAUAUUUUGUUUUACCAGUAGUCUCUUUUAAAAAAAACUAAGCGUCAAGUGUCAUAGUUAGGGGCGUUGCAGGUAUAAAUAAAAAUGACGACUUCUAUUAUCACAUUAUUUUAAAGAUUUGUGGUUACUCAGACUUUCAACUGGAGCAUAAUACAAUUUGAUCCUGUUGCCUAUCUUCUUGAGUAUUCUUCAAUUUUGAAUAAUAUUUAUUUCCUCUUAACAACUGUAGUCAAGAAUGAAAAAGCAAGCUCCAAAACUGAUUCGUAAUUCAUGAAUCUGAUACUCGGCUCUGGACUUACCAUGGAGGUGAAUUCUGAGCAGGGUUUGGAUAAAACUGUUGAGGUGUCUGGGAACACAAGAAUGGGUUUAUCAGUGUUCUGUGGAACUGAACUAGAGGGCACCUUUCCAAUCACAGCCUGAUUGACAAACUGACAGCCUCUCAGCCAAGAAGCCUAUUUCACAAAGCUGAACCUCACAGGGCAGGUAAAGGUUUUGGGGAUGUGGUGGGAAGGAUCAUUUCGGGCAGGUGGUAUUACCACUGGACUAUUCAUCCAUACACUCAGGUCAUAUUCUGGGAGUUGGGUUUGAAUCCUGCUAUAGCAGAUGGUGAUAUAUGGAAUUAGUCUAAUUGUGACCUUGAAAGCAUUGUUGAUAGGUUUUUCCUGACUAUCUGGCUCAGUCAUCUCAUUCAGAGAAGGAAACGGUCUCCUUGCAUGUGAACCCAGACCCACAGCAAUGUGGUUAACUCUUAAUUACAAAUGGGCAAUAAAUACAGCUCUCAUCAGCGAUGCCCAUAUUCUGUGAAUUUUUUUUUAAAAAAGGGACUUUGUCAUAACCAUCCAGAGUCACCUCCUGCAACUGUGUACCUCUGCAGCCAUAAUAUUUAUUGAUGUAUUUGGCAUAGUGUAUUGUCAUGUGUUACUGAGUGGCUGCAUAGGCCCCUAGCUGGUUGCUGCUGGAAGUUAAGCCAGACAGGCAGCUGGUUUCCAAUGUGGAAGUGGUUUCUGGUGGUUUGCACCUGCUAAUUGGAAAGGGGAAUGAAUUGUCUGCAAUGGGACCCAACCUCAGCAAUCAGGACUCCUUGACCACAAUACGUCUACGAUUUGGAUGUGAAUAUAUUUCCUGCCUGUGAUCCAGAUCCCACCGCAAAUGUGGCACAGGGGUGUUGUCUUUCCCUUUAAGCCAUGAGGCUCAAGUUCAAGUACCACAUGGUCUAGAGAUAUGUAGUUACAGGUCGAUUACAAAUAUCUGUUAAUUGCCAAGCCUCAGUGCCCCAUACCUUCUAUUAUGCCUGCCCUUCAUUUAAAAAGAAGCCUCACUUCCUGAGUGGUUAUGAUAGCGAGUUGUGCAGUAAAUGGCAGUAUUCUACUCCAAACACGUUCAACUAUUGGUUUUUCUGCUUCAUUUAUAACAACAGAUGUUUAUUUGAAGGAGCUAGCAGUCAAGCAAUAAGCCAAAACAUUUGCUUCUAUUUCUGGCUGGCAUUCAUUCCAAGAAUAAUAAUGUUAUUCAUUAAAUCUAUCAGAUUUGUUUGAUGCUGCUUCAGAUUCUGCUAACACAGCAGUUGUGAGUCAAGUACCACUUUACAGAGAGGUUAUUUGUACCACUGAAGUGAAAAGUCCAUUGUUUUGCAAAUCAUUGUUUUGGUCCUUUGUGAAAGCAUGAUAGAGGUAGCAGAUUCUUAAAAAUGAGAAGUACUUAGGACAGUAAUAAUUAGGGAGAAGGCAUACGGAACUAGUAUUCAGCAGUUCAGGAGCCAUCAGGAACAGUGGAAGUUAUGUUGCUAUGCAUCAUAUGCUAUAUAUCCUAAUAUUCACUGGAGUGAACAAAUUACAGCAUCUUAAGACAUGUAAUUUCAGUACCUUUCACUUGCUUACUCUCACAAAGUAUUUCAUAGUCACAGGUUUUGAAUUGCAGCAACCUGUUGAAAACCAUAGCAACAAACUAGCAGAGAGCAAGAUUCUGCUAGCAACAAUGAGCAAUUAAUCUUGGAACAUGAUUAAGCCAGACAGACAAUCAAGUUUGUUCUGCAUUCAAUAAACUAACAGCUGAUGUUGACCUUGCUGUGCUAUUUCCCCACAUCAUGUAAUAUCUUUGGCUAAAGUCUACCAACCUGAAAUUUAAAAUUAAGAAUUGAUGUCAUGUAAAUGACUGGUCUUUGCAAAAGUGAGUUCCAAACUUCAACUAUGCUUCUAAAAGGCUUGGCUCUGACCUGUCAACCAUGUCCCAGUCCAGCAAAAAUACCUUCUACUUUACCUAUUCCGUACGACCUUGAAACAUUCAGUGAGAAUGUUAAUCUUCUCAAUUCCAUCAAACAUGGAGUGAAAUCACGAUUAAUGUUCUAAAUUCCAGGAAACUCAACUCAAAUUCAUGUAUCAACUUAGCCCUUGCAAUUCUGGCAAAUCUGCAUCACGCUUGGGCUAGCAAAUAGUGCCCGAGAUCUGGUAUGCAGAAUUGCUCAGUACACAAGACAGCUACAUACAACCCCAAUUGGAGCAUAAGUACUGACUAUUAAUUAUUUUUUUAAACCAGCUCUCCAAAUAUAAAAAAAGUUAGUAUUCCAUUCCCCUUUCUUGAUUAUUUUGUAUUUUCAUGGCAGCUUAAUGACCGAUGUUACUGCCAUUCCCUUGUAUUUUUGGACAGCCACUCUUUCUCGCUUUUCACUCUUCAUUAAUUACCUGACUUUGUAUGCUUUUUAGGGAUAAAGUCAAUAAUCUCAUAUAUAGUUCAAGUGGAUUCCACUGGCUACCGUUUUCACAUAAUUUUAACAUGAUAACAUCCUUGCAAUGUGAUUUUUCAUCAACACUGUUUACAAUUAUGCCUGUCCAUGUCAUUUUCAAAUUUUAAUGCAAUUUUCCAUUUGAUCAUUUGAGUUAACACUACUCAAAUGGUUCAAGCCACAACUCAAAUCCUUUUGAAAAACAUCCUUCCAAUUAAAGUACUUGACUAUUUUGUCCACUCUGUUGCUCUGUGAAUUGCUGAACCAGAUCAAUUAUUUGCCUACAGGUUUUUGAGUUUCAACUUUUGGCAACAAUUUCUCAUGAGGGGCUUGAUCAAAUGUCCAAUGGAGGUCCAUAUAAAAUACAUCCAUAGACAGUGUUAGGUCCACUAUCAUCUCAAUCAAAAACAUUAAGCAAGCUUUGUGAAAUAAACCUACAUGUCACAAAUCCAUACCAGCUGUCUGAUUUUCAAUUAAUCCUGAUGGAGUGUUAUUCAAGGUAUCAGCAAUUCACAUCAGGCUUCAUCAUUAACAGAAAAUAACUCUUUAAUAUUACACUUACCAUAACAAAAGACAGUAAAAGGGUUUUUAACUUGUGAAUGCAAUUUAAACUACACUGGUUCAAAAAUCACAAAAUCAGAUACUCUCAUUCCUGAUUAAAACAGACAAAGGCAAAGGGUUUGAUAGGUACUAAGUGGUAAAAUCUAUUCAAAACAAAAUGCCACAGAUCACACACUUCAAAUUUCAAGUCAGUGUUAAAUUGUCUCAGAGUUUGAUUUUUAGAACAGGAGACAUGCUGUCAUCUGUGUAGUGAUAGUUGUUGCUUGAUUCAGUAAUUGAUUGGGUGGACCUGGUUCUUGUUAGAAUUCUUUCUUUUGUUUUUUUUCUGUAUUUUCCCACCUGGAGAGAUAGAUGCUUUCUGUCUGCAGGCUCUGGAUGUUUCUUAGCUGCUCAGCUGCCACUUAUAGUUUUAGCAUGAUACAGUACAACCAGGCAACUGUCUUCAGGCAGAAUCUCUCUCGAUGUCACGGAGUCUCAAAUGUACUGCCUCACCGCUUCAAAAAGUAACAGUUCAAAAAUAUGCAGCAUUUGAUUUAAGUUUAAACUCUCGUGGUAUUUCAGUUAUAUGGCAGUAUACCUUCCAUUUCAGUUUGUCACCCCCAAAAAAAGGAUUUUGUUUGGGUGGGGUAUUCCUCCUGCAGCAGUAAUUGUAUUUUUUUUUUAAAAAUCUCCUAUUGAUGUAUUGCUUCAGCCGUUAACAUAUGUCUCCAUCUCAUUGUAUUGAAGAGCUAAGCUAAAUCAGGGAUGUCAGCUAUUUGGCACUUCUCCCUUCAGCAUAUCAGCUGCCAAAACAGUGGUGUUGAAGGCAUCAAUAUUACACAAGGCACUGGGGGAACUUUCUGAACUUGUUUUCCACAAGAAAGUGAGCUAUUCGUCAGGGAAACAAUGUUUCAUUUUAAGGUUUCAUCUGAAAGAAAGGCUCUCUAAUUGUACUUGAGAAGUAGCUGCAUGUUAAAGUGUGAGAGUAGAAUUUUUUGUGUACUGAGAUGGUGGUCAAAUUUUCAGUUCUUACCAACAGUUGACCAAAUCAAACCAUUAGUUUAAAAUAAUUAACAAGGAAUUAUCAUGGAUACAGACCUAUGUUCUUAAAUAAUUCACUUUUAAAUACCAAACCUCUUACAUUCCAAGUCAAGGCAAAACGUGAAAGAUUCAAAGAUUAUGGCAUCAUUAAUAAGCACCACUAUUUCUCCAAACUUCUAUGCAAUGUUGUCAGGCAUUUGAAUAAUUCCAUGCUGAAAAUAUCUUUUAUGAAAUGUCUAUUUGCUUUCCAAUUCAUGCAGUGAUGUUUGUCAUUUUUCUUUCCCUCUAUUUUUCUGUGGCUCUUUUUUUGACGUUCUUGUGUUGCCCUCUGGUGAUUAUUUAAAGUAGUGAAUUAAAGAAAGUAGCUAUGUGCACUCAAUUUUUAUAUCACAAUGAUAACAAUAAACAAUGUUCUUGUUAAUAAGACCACAAAACCAUAAUUAGCAAUGCGAGACUUGAUUUUGUGCAAUUGUUUGUUCAUGAUUAAUUCAGCAUAAUUUAACUCAGUGCAUUGCGCUGGAGAGAACACCACUGCAUUGAGAGAGCUCACAGUUCUUAAUACCUGCUUUACGCAGAUAAGGGGCAAUUCAGAGGAGCAUGUAAAUGUUACAGUUAAAGCAUCGAUGGAUUGGAAGCCAUUGUCAGACAACAUGGAUAAUAGACAAAUUGAACAUUUUUGUAUGAGUGUUUGUCAAACAGUGGGAUGUAAAGAUAAUCCUCAACAAUUGGCAGAAUUGCCGAUCAAAUGCAAUGAUAUGUUUCUCAUUAAGUUAUCUUAUUUAUAAUUGAGCAAUAAAACUCAUCCUCAGCCAAA